AGAUGGCAGUGGCAAAAAAAAGUACCACAGUUCUCUUGCAGAGGUUGAGAAGUUUGAUGAAGAAUGCGUCCAUCGUUAAUCCAGUCAUCAAUGGAUAUAUUGUGCCAUCUGGUGAUGCACAUUUGAGUGAAUAUAUAGCCCCAUGUGAUCGAAGGAGGGAGUUUAUUUCUGGAUUCACUGGUUCCUUUGGAAUAGCGGUGGUCACCGAUAGCAAGGCGGCUCUAUGGACUGACAGUCGAUAUUACCUACAAGCUGAGGAGGAACUGGAUGAAAACUGGACACUGAUGAAGAUGGGUCUGCCAGACACUCCAACACUUGGAAAAUGGCUGCGCGAUGAGCUGCCGAACGACGGUCGUGUGGGUGUUGAUCCAUUCCUCAUGUCACAGAACAACUGGCAGGAGCUAUCAGAUGAAUUGGAGUUAUUUGGUAAAUCCCUGGUCUCCGUGGCCAAAAAUCUCAUUGAUACCAUUUGGGACGACCGUCCACCCACACCUACUGAUCUAAUAUUUGUUCAUCCCAUCCAGUAUGCUGGUGAACCAUGGCACAAGAAGAUAGACAACUUGAGAAGCGAAAUGGCGAAGAAGAACAGCUCGGUGCAUGUUGUUAGUGCACUGGACGAGGUGGCCUGGCUGUUCAACCUCAGGGGCUCGGAUGUCCAGUUCAACCCCGUCUUCUUCUCCUACGCCAUCAUCACCAUGGAUCAGGCCUUUUUUUUCGUGGACGAGCGUAAACUUACAGAUGACGUCAGACAGCACUUGAUGACGUCAGCGGGCGAUAGUCACGUGGCCAGUGUCGUAAUCGAACCUUAUGAAAAAGUGUUGGAACGUUUGAAGAAGAUUGUGGAUGAAUCGACCGGUGCUAAUGACAAGAUAUGGAUCUCCCUGAACAUCAACCACGCAAUAUUCGGCGUUGUACCUAAGAUGAAGCAGCUGAAGUUGUAUUCAGCUGUUGAGGUGGCCAAAUCAGUUAAGAAUGAGGUCGAGGUCCAGGGAAUGAAGAACUGCCACAUUCGCGAUGCGGUAGCCUUAUGUGAGUUUUUUACAUGGCUAGAAAAGGAGAUUGAACAUAGGAAUGUUACUGAAAUCGAAGCUGCCGAUUAUGCUGAAGCGUGCCGGAAAAAGCAAGCGCUAUUUGUGAGUCUCAGUUUUGAUACGAUAUCAUCGUCAGGAGAGCAUGGAGCCAUUGUUCAUUACAAACCAACACCUGAAACCAACAAAGAUAUCACUAAGAAAGAGAUAUACCUCAUUGACUCUGGAGCCCAAUACAGAGAUGGUACGACAGAUGUGACUAGAACGGUUCAUUUUGGAACUCCAAAUGAUUAUGAAAAGGAAUGUUUCACAUCAGUCCUGAAAGGCCACAUAGCACUGGAUAAUGCUACAUUCCCAAACAGGACAAAAGGCAGCAGCCUAGACAGUAUGGCGCGUCAGUACCUGUGGUCCCUUGGUUUGAACUACGGACACGGGACAGGUCAUGGCGUUGGUUCAUUUCUCAACGUGCAUGAAGGACCUUGUGGAAUUCGUGUUGAUACGCGUGCAGAUGAGAUUGCCCUGAAGAAAGGAAUGGUACUCAGUGAUGAACCAGGUUACUAUGAAGAUGGCAAAUUUGGUGUCAGGAUUGAAAACCUAUUUGUAGUUGUCGACAAACAAACUAAAUACAACUAUUUAAAAACUGGCUACCUCGGAUUCGAACACGUGACUCUGGUGCCCAUUCAGAGGAAGAUGAUCAACAAAGAUAUGCUGACAGCUGAUGAGGUAAAGUGGUUGAAUGACUACCACAAGAAAUGUCGCGACAUAGUCGGUAGUGAGGCUAAGAGGCAAGGAAAAAAUGACGUUUACGACUGGAUUGUGAAGGAGACAGAGGCUCUGUAAUGUGUGGCUUUGGUGGCUGCUACUACCGCUACUGCUGCUGUGGAUGAUAGUAUUGAUGAUAAUGAUAAUUUUGUUAAUGUUGCUUUAAGUUUUGUUGUUGUUGGCUUGGGAAUAUGUAUUUUGUAUCAUCGCGGAUGUUUAAUGAUGUUAUUUAGAUUGGAAUAUUUGACAAAUGAUUAUGUCUAACCGAUGAAUUUAUUAUUUUCUGUGAUUUUUAUGAUGAAACAUCUAUUCAUGUCAGCGUGUCAAAGAUGACGAUGACAACCUGACAAGUGUUGUCCUAGGUUUGAUCAUUUGGUGUCAUUUAAAGUGAGAGCAAACUCAUUUACACAGCGUGUAUGUUGUAAUACUUUUAAAGUUGACAUUGCGGAAACAUAUUUUCCAUUAAUGCUUAUUCACAAUUGUAUCAAAAAGCUUCACAGCUUGUUAUUCAAGUCUUGCUGUAAUUCGAUUAUGAUACUCGAAACUUUACGACUGGCCGUAAUCGCUGACGAUGAUGUGGUGGUUAGGAAAGCUGGUUUAUUUAUUUAUUGAUGAUGAAAUGAAAUUAUUAAAUUAUUUUUAAUCAAAUUAAAAAA